CCGUUUUCGUCGUCGAACGCUCUGUUCUUCUUCCGGUCGUCUUCUCCGCAGGAUCAAGUUCCGCCAUUAAAGCUUUCUUCGUCGCAUUUGGAAGCCGAUUGUUCCCGGUCCCUCCUCGAUACGCGUCCGUCUCCGCCGACCCAAAAGAAGGAUUUCCUUUGACCCCGUUAUCGCAGUUGCAAGGUAUCUGCGUUCGGUGCUCUGGGAUCGAAUCGCACGAUGACGAGCCAACCGCAGAAAGCCUCAGUUCACGACUUCACUGUCAAGGAUGCUAGGGGGAAUGAUGUCGAUCUCAGCCAGUACAAGGGGAAGGUCCUGCUGAUCGUCAACGUUGCGUCACAAUGUGGCUUGACAAACUCAAACUACACAGAGCUGAGUAAGCUUUAUGAGAAGUACAGAAAUCAAGGUCUGGAGAUUCUGGCUUUUCCAUGCAACCAAUUCGGAUCUCAGGAACCAGGGACCAACGAGCAGAUCCAAGAAUUUGCCUGUACUCGAUUCAAGGCCGAAUACCCUGUCUUUUCUAAGGUUGACGUGAAUGGUGCGAAUGCUGAUCCAUUGUACAAAUUCCUGAAAUCCAGCAAAGGCGGUUUCUUUGGCGACAGCAUCAAAUGGAACUUCUCCAAGUUCCUGGUCGACAAAGAGGGGAAUGUGGUCAACCGUUACGCUCCAACAACUUCGCCCCUGAGUUUCGAGAAGGAUGUGAAGAAACUGCUGGGGGUCGAGUGAAUUUCAGAAGGUGGACAGUGUCUGAUCCUGGUUGAUGAAUAAUAAUGGAAGCAGACUUGGGGGAGUAGCUUUGUGAGGAGACUUCUUAUGUAUGAAUGUUGUUCAAUUACGCCGCAGUUCUUGAAGCUAGUAACGUUGUAAUCCUAUGUUUCGAAUCGAACACUGUUCUUCCCUGUCUGUUUUGAAAGAUGACGUCUUCAUCGAGGCGC